UACAGGAUUUUCUAUGUGUCCCAUGACUCCCGUGAGCUGAAGAUCUUCAGCUACAUUGCCCGGGAUGGAUCCAGCAGCUCCUUCCGAUGCAACGUGUUCAAAACAAAGAAGAAGGCCCAGGCAGUGUGCAUCGUGCGGACGCUGGGCCAAGCCUUCGAGGUGUGUCACCAGCUGAGUCUGCAGCGAACCCAGCAGCAGGGCGAGAACCAGGCUGACAGGGAGAGCGAGGAGGCGUCGACAGAGGGUCAUCAGUGGACUAGAGGGGAAAAUGAUGAAAAAAACGGAACAGAGAAGAAGCUUCUUAAAGUGGUGAUUGGAGAGGAUCCUGGGAUCCUGGAGGCUGAGUCCAGCUAUGUCCUUAAAGGCUGGGAUUUACAGGAUAGCGAGCGGGAUCUGCUGAGCAUGGAGGGGGCCCUGUGUUCCCUGUCUCCCAGUGACCCUGCAGCCUCCACUCACCUUUCACUGUCCAGCCAGCACCACCUGCAUCUUCUCCAGCACCAGCUCCUCCAGCAGCAAACUCAGACGCAUGUGGCCCUUGCCCAGGUGCAUCUCCUCCAAGGACAGCUGGCUGCUGAGGCUGCUGCCCGGCUGGAGUCUGAAAGCCAGAUACAGCAGCUCCAGCUCCAUAACAGGGAGCUGCUCCAGCAUGUGACACUGUUGGUCAAGCAGCUCAGAGACCUGGAACGCAGAGUCCCCGAUACCAUCCAGGAUGGAGGGAUCUCCAGAUGGGGGUCUGCAGGGUCUCUCAUCCUAAGAAACCACGGCCUAGAGAACUAUGAGGCCGUCCCCUCCACCGGCCUGGUGGAGGACCCCACAAGCCCCUCAGCACCAGCGGCCCUGGCAGAGUCCUACCUCAGUCUGCUCAGUCUGGAGAACAAGGCCCAGACAGUGGCCAGGAGAGCAGAUACCGACCCGGUGGGUUUGGGGGGCAGGCAGGACACAGAUACCCCUGGUGCUGCAGGAAAUGAGACGGUCCGGAUGAACUCCCGCACCAUUAGAAGAGUGACUGAAUGGUUUCACCACACUGUCCCUAAGCUGAAUCCUCCUCCUCCCAUCAUGAACCGCAAGCGGGCAAGCAAAUUAAACUUUUUGGGCCGAGCAAAAUCUACUUCCAAGACUGUAGCCAUCGAAAUGGAGGAGAGGGUGCACCUGCAGGACAUGAAGCCCUGUGAUGCGUCCUCCCUCGGAAACAGUGAGAGCGAAUCCUGCUCAACCAGCGAGGAUUCUGGGGUGGUGAGGAGCGAGAAGUGCCCCCACUCGCCCCAACAUGUGGGGCCCUUUGAGAACCAGGGGCCGUCCCUGUCUGCCGCCAGCAGCUGCAGCGGCCGGCUGGAAGACCCUGGUGCAUUUAGGAGUGCCUCAGUCCCCCUUCUUCCCCCAAGUUCUGUCGUCACCCCUGGAGGCCCUGCAAGCCCAUCGUCACUCUAUUCCUUGGCUCACAAGACCUGUCUCCACAUCAGCUUGUCAGAGGAUGAGCUGAUGCAUGCCAAGGCACUGGAUUUCAGCAUCAGUAGCCGGAAGUAGCCGCCAUGGAGAGAUCUGAUCCAGGAUUCUUUUACACUCACUAACCAGAAGUCCUACACUGUAUGGGAGACUCAGGCGCUAGUACAAGACUCCUUAUACAAUCCAUUUUUAUAAACUGACUUUUAUAUCUAAAGCCCUUAAUAUGAUGUACAUUCAUGAAGUUAAUGUAUAGUGUAAGAUAAGAUUAAUAUGCAGUUCUUGCCAAUGCUGCCCAGAAAUGUUUGGACUUUAUCCUGUACAGCAGUCAUUCACAGCAUUUCUUGGGCAGUAUGUGGCCAUGAAGGCCUAAUUGCAAAGCGGAUAUCAUUAUUGUUAUCAAAAAAAAACAAGCAGCACCCUAUAUAAGCAAUGUCCUCCAUAACAAAUGCUUUGAAUUAAAACAAUUUGUAGCUAGCUUUCAAUAACACGUUGCCCUAGGAAACACAUGGGCCUCUGACAGAUGCAUCGAUGCUGACAGGCAAUCUGUUAUGGUGCCAGUUACAUGAGGUUAUUGCUUAAUUCGUAUGGAUGGAUGGUUGUUAAUUUAAUAUUUGAGGAAUAGUAGUGGUCAGAAAGUUGAGGCAAAGCUGCAUCUUGGGGAGGAUAAAAGAAUAAGGAAAGUAAGGUCAGAGAAGGUAGUGAGAGUAUGGGGGGAGAGAGAAGAUUAUGGUCUUUCAGAGAGAGAAGGUAAGUUAAACUUCAGGUUAGUCCUAUGGUGAGAUUAAGAAUUCAAGGUAAGGAAACAAAGUAGCAGUUUUGCUGGUGAGUUGCUCAGCAGCUGCACCUCUGUACCUCUGAUCAGAAGGCUGCUGAAUCAAGUCUCGGCAGAAUAGUCACAUGUCUUUGGGCCCUUAAGCAAGGCCUUCAAUCUCCAGCUCCCUGGGUGCCGCCUGCUGGCUGCCCCCUUUCCCUGUGACCCCCAAACUUGCUCUCACCUGUACGGAGAGCAAGGUGAGGCAAAAGAGAAUUUCCCCGCUGGGAUUAAUAAAGUAUCACUUUUCUAA